UGUAUGUUGCCGGUUUGUGGCUAUGCUAACCUUAGCCAGCAGGCUAAGCCUCCUGGCAGCUGCACGAGAACUGACUGCGAUUCAACCUUCGUCCUGUAUUUCUGACUUAAAAGGGCCUCAUAAGAAACAGCGAAUGGUCAUUUUAAAGAAGAAGACGACGCGGGACGUUUAAAAUAAUCGGAGAACAGCCGUCAAUGUGACGAAAGGAUCCAUGGCAAAGUGGCUGAAGGACUACCUAAACUUUGGCAACCGGCGUGACCCCCCGCACCCCCCGAGGCCCGACUACAGCGAGAGUGAGAUCCUGCGGGCUUACAGAGCCCAGAAGGCUCUGGACUUCGAAGAUCCGUACCAGUGCGCGGAAAAGGAGCACCAAAACGGCGCCGGCGGCGCCGGCUUCGGUAGCUUGGACGUAAGCCUUCCUCCGUUCCCUGCCUUUGGUCUCAACUUGUCGAACGGUGCAGAGGUGAAGGUGCUGUCCCCCAAACACAGACUGAUUAAAGUGGACUCUCAGGAGUUCGGCCAUUGUAACAUUCCCUUGAGUCCCGUAACAGAUCAAGAGGAGCCUGUGGUGCCCUCCGCCCCCGUAGCUCCGGACACCGACACAGACUACUCGGACCCGUUCGACGCCCGCCCGGACCAGAGGACGCGAACCAACUGGGAGCCCGAAUUGACCCAGUCGGACUGCUGCAGCUACAUGGAGCCGUUUGAGGCCCAACAGAUAAUUUCAGAAAUGCAGCACAACAAGAGCGGGAGCGCCGGCGGCAGCCAGUUGUACGACAACCCGUACGAGGAGCGGUCCCGACAGCAGCAGCGCGCGGCGCCGAUGCAGCAUCAGACGCACGGGACUGACGCCGCACGUUCCCCCGUGGAUGACCGGGGGAGCCGCCUCCCCCAGAACGACGAGAGGCCGGCCGACGAGUACGACCAGCCGUGGGAGUGGAAGAAGGACGACAUCUCCAAAGCGCUUGCUGUUCAGUUCGAGGGUGCCGGGAGGGAGCGCUCGCGUGUCCAGACGGAGCAGAGCAGGCUCGCCAAGGCCUCGAACGCCAACACCCUGCGCUUGGUUUGUGACGCCCUCCCCCUCCUAGGGGAGCGAGUCGACCCCUACGUGCCGCUAGAAAGACAAGUGUGGUACCACGGGGCGCUGGGCCGCUCCGAGGCCGAGACUCUGCUGACCCUGUGCAAGGAGAGCUCCUACCUGGUGAGGAACAGCCAGAGCUGCCGCGACGACUUUUCUCUCUCGCUAAGGAGCUGCAAGGGCUUCAUGCACAUGAAGUUCACGCGCUUGGCCGACGGCUGCUUCGUGCUGGGGGAGAACAGCCCGCCCUUCGCCACCAUCCCGGAGGUCAUCCACUACUACACCACGCACAAGCUGCCGAUCCGGGGGGCCGAGCACAUGUCCUUGCUGUAUCCCGUCAUCGUGCAGACGCUCUGAAGGGACGUCGCGGGUCAAAUUCGGCACG